ACCCUGACAGCCCACGUCCAAUCUGUAAUUUUGCGAAAUUUUUCUCCGACUUCCAUUUUCACCGCCGUGAAAAUCGGUCGAAACUUUGUCCUCCGCUUUUGCGAUCGCGCCCGUACUGUUGUGUGAAUCUGUUCCGCGAACAGCCCCCGCCCGUGACGUGACGCGACCGGCAGGAUGGCCUUUUCGGUGCUGAACUCGGUGGCCAAGAAGGCGGCCGCGAAUGUUUACAUAACCAAUUGUUUGCUGAAGAACGCGGGCGCUUUAUAUAAUGGCCAGCAGCCGAGGCGCAACGCCGGAAAGUGGUUCCCGGAUCCGGAGUUUAUCCAGCAGUUCAACGCGGCCGUCAUGUAUCCCGACGAGGUGACGUCCAAGUGGAAGAUUCCGCCGUGGAACAGCAAGAUUGCUCCGGUGGAGAAGACGGUCCGGAACGUGAAGCUGAACUUUGGUCCGCAGCAUCCGGCCGCUCACGGUGUGCUCCGGCUGGUGCUGGAGCUGGACGGCGAGACGGUGAUGCGGUCGGAUCCGCACAUCGGGCUGCUGCACCGUGGAACCGAGAAGUUGAUCGAGUACAAGACGUACACCCAGGCGUUGCCUUACUUCGACCGGCUGGAUUACGUCUCGAUGAUGUGCAACGAGCAGUGCUACUCGCUGGCCGUCGAGAAGUUGCUCAACAUCGACAUCCCGAUGCGGGCCAAGUACAUCCGGGUGCUGUUUGCGGAGAUUACCCGCAUUCUGAACCACAUCAUGGCCAUCGGAACGCACGCGCUGGAUGUGGGCGCGCUGACGCCGUUCUUCUGGCUGUUUGAGGAGCGCGAGAAGAUGAUGGAGUUUUACGAGCGCGUUUCCGGCGCCCGGAUGCAUGCCGCGUACGUCCGUCCCGGCGGAGUGUCGCAGGACAUGCCGCUGGGUCUGCUGGACGACAUCUACGAGUUUGCGUCCAAGUUUGGCGAGCGGCUGGACGAGGUCGAGGACGUGCUGACGACGAACCGCAUUUGGGUCCAGCGCACGCAGGACAUUGGCAUCGUGUCGGCGGAGGACGCCCUCAACUACGGCUUUAGCGGCGUCAUGCUGCGCGGUUCCGGCAUCAAGUGGGAUCUGCGCAAGUCGCAGCCGUACGACGCGUACGACCAGGUCGAGUUUGACGUUCCGAUCGGCACCAAGGGCGAUUGUUACGAUCGGUACCUGUGCCGGGUUGAGGAGAUGCGUCAAUCGCUGCGUAUCAUCGACCAGUGCCUGAACAAGAUGCCGGCCGGCGAUGUCAAGACGGAUGACGCCAAGUUGUGCACGCCGUCGCGCUCGGAGAUGAAGACGUCGAUGGAGGCGUUGAUCCAUCACUUCAAGCUGUUUACCCAGGGCUACCAGGUUCCGCCCGGUUCCACGUACACGGCCAUCGAAGCCCCGAAGGGCGAGUUUGGAGUGUAUCUGGUGGCGGACGGGUCAAGCCGUCCGUACCGGUGCAAGAUCAAGGCUCCCGGGUUUGCCCAUUUGGCUGCGUUGGACAUGGUCGGCAAGCACCACAUGCUGGCCGAUAUCGUCGCCAUCAUCGGAACCCUAGACGUCGUGUUUGGCGAAAUUGAUCGUUAAAAGGGGUCGUCAAGCGGCAGAUGUGCAGUCUUUCGAACGUGAUUGUUAAGUGAAAAACGAACAACAAUUCAUGUAAUCUUCUAUCAAAAUGGUUCAAUAAAUAUGGUUCGAAAC